UGCGCAGUGCGCGCCGUGUCAGCUGCGCGGAGCUGGAGGCCUGCGCCGCUUUCCCGUCUGGCUCCCGCGGACCUGGUGCCGGCGGCUGCCUGCCGUCUCCACGCGACCCGACACGGGCGGCCGUGGCUCGCGGCCCGCGGCAAGAGCCGGUGACGGAACGCGGGGCCGAGCGGGAGGCGGCCGGUUCCGAGGUGUGUGAGGAGGAGGCUAUCUGUGUCGUCAUGUGCGCGUCAGUCAAGUACAACAUCCGGGGUCCCGCCCUCAUCCCCAGAAUGAAGACCAAGCACCGGCUCUACUACGUCACCCUCUUCUCCAUCGUCCUCCUGGGCCUCAUCGCCACAGGCGUGUUCCAGUUCUGGCCCCACUCCAUCGAGUCCUCCAGUGACGGGGGUGUGGAGAAGCGCAGCAUCCGGGAAGUGCCUGUGGUCAGGCUGCCAGCUGCCAGCCCCAUCCCGGAGCGGGGGGACCUCAGCUGUAGAAUGCACACGUGUUUCGAUGUCUACCGCUGUGGCUUCAACCCAAAGAACAAAAUCAAGGUGUACAUCUAUCCCCUGAAAAAGUACGUGGAUGACGCGGGUGUCCCAGUGAGCAGCACCAUCUCCCGGGAGUACAACGAGCUGCUGACGGCGAUCUCAGACAGUGACUACUACACGGAUGACAUCAGCCGGGCCUGCCUCUUUGUCCCCUCCAUCGACGUCCUGAACCAGAACCCCCUUCGCAUCAAGGAGACGGCACAGGCUCUGGCCCAGCUUUCCAGGUGGGAUCGAGGAACAAAUCACCUGCUGUUCAACAUGUUGCCUGGAGGUCCCCCAGACUACAACACUGCCCUGGAUGUCCCCAGAGACAGGGCGCUGUUGGCUGGUGGCGGCUUUUCUACCUGGACUUACCGGCAGGGCUAUGACGUCAGCAUUCCUGUCUUCAGCCCACUGUCAACUGAGGUGGCUCUCCCAGAGAAAGCACCAGGUCCACGGCGGUACUUCCUGCUGUCGUCUCAGAUGGCCAUCCAUCCUGAGUACAGAGAGGAACUGGAAGCCCUCCAGGCCAAACACAGAGAGUCAGUGUUGGUCCUGGACAAAUGCACCAAUCUCUCGGAGGGGGUCCUUUCCGUCCGCAAGCGCUGCCACCAGCACCAGGCCUUCGAUUACCCCCAGGUGCUGCAGGAGGCUACUUUUUGUGUGGUCCUUCGAGGAGCUCGGCUGGGGCAGGCAGUGCUGAGUGAUGUGUUACAGGCUGGCUGUGUCCCGGUUGUCAUUGCAGACUCCUAUGUCCUGCCUUUCUCCGAAGUUCUGGACUGGAAGAGGGCAUCUGUGGUGGUCCCAGAGGAAAAGAUGUCAGACAUGUACAGCAUUCUGCAGAACAUCCCACAGAGGCAGAUCGAAGAGAUGCAGAGACAGGCACGAUGGUUCUGGGAAGCAUACUUCCAGUCCAUUAAAGCCAUUGCCCUGGCCACCCUGCAGAUCAUCAAUGACAGGAUCUAUCCAUAUGCAGCCAUCUCCUAUGAAGAGUGGAAUGACCCUCCCACUGUGAAGUGGACUAGUGUGAGCAACCCUCUCUUCCUCCCACUGAUCCCACCCCAGUCACAAGGCUUCACCGCCAUCGUCCUCACCUACGACCGUGUGGAGAGCCUCUUCCGGGUCAUCACCGAGGUGUCCAAGGUGCCCAGUCUUUCCAAGCUGCUGGUGGUCUGGAACAAUCAGAAUAAAAAUCCCCCAGAAGAAUCCCUCUGGCCCAAAAUCCGUGUUCCCUUGAAAGUUGUGAGGACUGCAGAAAACAAGCUGAGUAAUCGUUUCUUCCCUUAUGAUGAAAUUGAGACGGAGGCUGUCCUGGCCAUCGAUGAUGACAUCAUCAUGCUGACCUCUGAUGAGCUGCAGUUUGGUUAUGAGGCUCUCUCACUGAACCUGAAGCCUAGCCAACAAGCUCCCUGGACCCACAUGUCUCCCCUCCAACGCUGGGGUUACAGCCAUGCUCAGUCAUGCCCAACUUUUACAUAGGGACUGGGAACUUGAACUCUGGUCCCCUUGUUGUUGUUACAGCCAUGCUCAGUCAUGCCCAACUUUUACAUAGGGACUGGGAACUUGAACUCUGGUCCCCUUGUUGUUGUUACAGCCAUGCUCAGUCAUGCCCAACUUUUACAUAGGGACUGGGAACUUGAACUCUGGUCGCCUUGUUGUUGUUACAGCCAUGCUCAGUCAUGCCCAACUUUUACAUAGGGACUGGGAACUUGAACUCUGGUCCCCUUGUUGUUGUUACAGCCAUGCUCAGUCAUGCCCAACUUUUACAUAGGGACUGGGAACUUGAACUCUGGUCCCCUUGUUGUUGUUACAGCCAUGCUCAGUCAUGCCCAACUUUUACAUAGGGACUGGGAACUUGAACUCUGGUCCCCUUGUUGUUGUUACAGCCAUGCUCAGUCAUGCCCAACUUUUACAUAGGGACUGGGAACUUGAACUCUGGUCCCCUUGUUUUAACAGCACGUACUCUGACCCACAGACUUGGGCCCCAGCCCUCAUUCUCAAGUUUGGAUGUGUUGUAUUUCUGCUAGCGUGAAGUUCAAAUUACUAUGUGACUUCCUUUGACUUAUCUUCUUUGAUCCUUCGUAGGUCCAUAAAAGCACAUUGCUUGCUUCUGUCACAUUUUAAAGUAACUUUUUUUCUCUUGUUCCUGGUUUUAUACAACUGGGCUGAGAGACCCUCUACUUGGAAAUGCCUUGAGACUGGCUUAGCAUAAAGCCUGUGUUGUUAAUGUUCUGGGUGCACCUGGGAGGAAGGCUGAUUCUGCAUUUGUGAAUUCAGUAUUUACCGAAGCCAGCUGGUUAGGUUAGGCACCCCAGUGCUUCAGAUGCACACAAUCAAAAGUCCCUUGCCCAUUCUCCUAUGAAAGCAGCAUCUUCAUUUCUAUUUUUUUCUAUAGCCCUUGAGUUUGUAGUAGUUUAAUUCAUUAUCCUAGCUUAAGCCCCGCCCCCCAAAUAGCUAAAACACCAUAUUGACUAUGUGAGAGUCAAAGAGACAAUGUGCCAGAGGCCCUUUUACUGUCAUGCCAAAGACACUGUAGAAAAAACCCGUGACAGUGAGGUCUCCCCAUAGGGAAUCCAUGCUGAUGGAGAAGCCAGCAGCCCUGAGGCUUCUAGGGUUUUUGCCUGUUUGUCUGGAGACAGAGCCCUAGACCAAACGACUUCCUGCAGCCCCUAAGGGCUCAGAAGUGCAGGUAAACCAAGCUGACUCCACAUGGGAUCAUGCCAAACUGCUGGGCAUGAAGAGUAACAUCUGGAGCAAUCCUGUGGCACUCAGACCAGCCGCACAUGAGUUGGAUGUAGAGGGGAGGAUGCCCAGGUUAUGCUAUUAGAGACAGAGUAGUCUGGGGUGACCCAGGGCCUGCUUUGUUCAUGGUUCUGACAGCACCUCUGCUGAGGUGUCACAUGCAGACCCAGUGCAUGCCGAAGAGCUAGACAUCUUGAUUGACAGAGACCUUUGUGAAGGAAGCUUCACACCAUGCUUAUGGGUUAUAGGGCAAACUACAGGCCAGCUCAUAGAACACACACUUUCCAAAGACACAAUAAAGAUUCACAGUGAAUCUCCCUGUACUAUUAGCUUGGAAACCAAGUGUAAACUCUGCAUCCCUUUCCAAGAGGAAGUUUGUAGAGCCCUGCAGUACUCUGGCCUUUGCCAAAUCUUAGCACAAGUAGGUGAUAUAAGCACACAGAUGAGGCUUCGUACACCAGUUAUGACCCAGCCCCAACCUCACAUCUCAUCUGGGGAGAGGCUCAGAUCUCUGUGUGUCACAUACCCUGCUAGCCCUUCUAGUUCUGCUCAGAAGAAUCCCAGUGAGGAUGUGAAGGGACCUCAGAGACCACCCUAUCCCUUCGUGCUUUGCUGCCAAGGGCCUGGAGAACUAUAGAGAAGUCAAUUUACGUCUUUAAGAUGUUAAAUGCACAUUGACUGUGUAACACUUUGCGGUACAGAGUAAGGUCUGGGGAAUGAGGCCAGGCCAGUUUUCCUUCCAGUCCUGUGACCUGAGUGCACAGACAUUUGGAUCCAGUGCUAGAUGUAAUCAUUUCCUUGGAAGAAAGCAUGGGUUAUUUGCCUGUCUUGGUGGGGUCACUUUCCCUCUUGGAAGGCAAAGGGCCCUGGGAAACUUUCCCUUUCCUCUCCAGCCCUGAAGUCAGGAGCCAGAAAUGAUCCUCUCUGGCCCUUCGUGUUUCUGACUUGUUUGACAAGCUCUAGUGCGCUACCAGAUGGGAGAUUCCUUUCAGCCUGGGAUAAUUUAUUUAUCUGUUUAUGUAUUUUACCAGGAAAGUAUCUAUUCAGUUCUUGAUACUCAUUUGCGAGUGACUCCUGGGGGAACAGUAGCAGUGUAUAAUGUUACUUGGAUGUUUGAUUUUUUUUCCCCCCAAGUCUGUCUACUUUUAUUUCAGACACUAAAAAGCAGGGAAAUAAAAAGCAACUUAUUCCUACUCCCCUCCCCCUCCUCUAAGAGACAGUUUAAAACAUGUGGUUGAAAAUGAGCCGUGGAGACUUGGCUGAGUGUGCGGACCUGUGGAUUUAUUUUUCCUUUCAUACUUUGAUCCACAUUUCCAACCAUAAAAAAUUAUUAGUGGCACUUAAGUGUUGGACAUUUUUCACCUGAGAGAGGUGAAACACUCUUGGAUAAUGAUGUUGGCUAUAAAUAUAGAGUUAGGACUUCAUGCGGGAGUGGGAAGGAACAGAGCGGCUGUGUGUUGUCAGGCAUGGAUGCUGAUGCUCGGACAUCCAGAGGUGGCAGAGGCUGCUCGGGCCUCUUGGGUGCUAAUAAAUUGUGAGAACUUAUUUACAUUAUUUUGUUCACAGCUGCCCAAGGUAAUAUCAAUUACGUAUUUUCAAAAAAUCACAGAAGACAGCAAAAUAUCAUGGCUUACCCCAUUCUCUUCUCAUAACACCGUCUCCAACUGUGUUUUCUUGAUUUAGGAGUCAUCUAGAGCAAGGCUUCAAAGUGAGAGUGAGUGUGAGCAGCAGAGUGGGCCUAGCAGUUUUGUUAACAAUGGACGUCAGGUUAGUUAGACAGUAGAGGACCAGCUGAGGGAGACUCCGAGGCUAACAGGAGAGUCUCUUGGGAGGUGUGUGUAAAAAGAAGUUGAUCUCAGGAUAAAUUUGUGGUGACAGAGACUGGGGACAGGAGAACAAGUGAGACCCAGGUGGUGAAAGUCCAAAGGCAGUGUUGGAAUGAUUGGAGAGCCCAGGAGAAGAACAGGGCACACUCACCCAGAGCAUGGACUUAAUGAGUGAUGGGGGACUUGGCUAAUUCAAUUUGUCAGAGAUGGUGUGACGUUUAUAUUUUAAACAGAAUUUGUAAAAUACAGCCAUCUAUAUGUGCAUCCAGGGGCAGCAAGAGAGAGGAUCCAAUCUGUGGUUCUAAAUAAAUUCUGGUUUUUCUCUUCUCGUUAUAAUAACUACAGAUGGUAACAGUCCACCCUAGAAUUAGAUUCUGUUGUCACUGCCAUUCAAAGUGAAGAGAUAAUGUAAAAAAGAAAGUAUAAUCUCUCUAUCCUUGUGUUGGUCCACCUAGAGUGUUGGUCUGUCCUGGUGGGUCUCACAGAUGCUGGAUCUGGGAACAAAUGAAUGCAAAGUGAGUCUUGGCAAAGUGAGUCUUGGACUCCUGUCAGGCAUGUGGUCCUCUGCCUUCUGCUUACCUCCCUAGGAAUCCCAGUCCUAGUCUGGAGAUGUAUCCAGCCAGGCUUGUUGGAGAUCCAGGGAACUCUAUAAAAAGAUUUUUCUUUAUGACACAUACUCCUGUGGGCUCUGGGCAAGCUCAGCCUUUGAGUUAUCUAGGGCCCUGCAAAACUCGGUUUUUAUAUAGCCGAGACAAAUAUGAAGGGAUCCAUAAAGGAAUGGAAAUAGAGGCUGUUUCUUCUCAGCUGACUAUGACAAUGACCAUCAAGAGACAGAGUGGCUGUGGUGACCCACAGACACCUUGUCCUUCGCUCAUAUCAGUGAGUUCAACAGAACACCAAAACUGCUAGCUGUCUGUGGAGAUGAUGAGGAUGUUGACAGUCCUUGUGAAGGAGUAGGAAGUCUCAAGACCCUCCCCUGAGAUUGAGGUCACCACUCCCUGCCCCAGCUACCAUGAUCCUGGGUACUUGAAUAUGCAGGAGGUGGGAGGUUGACUGGUGGGUGGGACUUUUCAACAUUGCGGCUGUCAGUUAUCCCCAGGCAACUCCCCCAAGAUGGCCUUGGCAGAAGCUUUCUUUGGUCUAUCAGCCAAAUCGGCCAGCCACAACACUCGGGUGAGUAGACCGCACACAACAGGGCGUGCACCACAGUGGCUGAAUAAUCUGGGUCCUGGAGACAUCACGGGCUUUGGUGAGAAUCAGCACCUGAGAUUUCCAGUCCUUGGCUCUUGGCUGCCUCCGAUUCCUGAGCUUUCUCAGGGUCUGGCCAGUAGUGACUGGUUGGAUGGAGAGCAGUUGUCCUCUUCCUGAUGAUGGUGGCAGUCACAGGAUCCCAUCAUGGCUCCUUUUCCUGAGCCUGUACAUAACAUCAGUACUGUAUUGAAAAGGAUGUCUGUCUGCCUGUCUGAUGAUCUGUCUGUCAUCUGAUUAUUACUUUUCUUAAAUGCCCUAAGAAUCGCUGUCACCCACUCUCUUGUCUUCAGCCGACAGUGUGGCCAAGUGGUCCUACCUGAGAGUCUGCACUUCCCCGGGCAGACAGGGGAGACAGUGGUGAGAGGCAAGUAAUUGUUUGGAGGACCUGUCCUUUCCACAGUGUCUCCAGCUCCUGGUGUGCAGCCUGCAGACCUGUUCACCCUGUCCUGUCUCCAGCUUGCAUUGAUUUAUACCUGCAGGCCUCGUGAGACAGGAGGGAAAACAGCUCAUGUGUGCAGCCAGAGCUGUGAGCACUGCUGAAAGAAGAUCCAGAGACAAGCCAGAAGCUGAGGAGGUGCUGAGAGACACUGUGGCGUGGCUUGACCUUGCCAAGCCCUUCUGACGCACCCAGGCCCCACCGGAGAAUAAGUCAAACAAAUAUUAAGGGGAGGAAAUGGAAUAUGUAUGUUGAACAUUGAAAUAACAGCCAACCAUUUGGAAAAGCACCCAGAUGGGAAUUAUAGUGGAGUGGCACUGUCUUCCCACUGAGCAAAUGAAAGCAUGUUCAGAAUGUGUUUACAUAACCAUUAAUGAAACAUCACUGGGAGACUAUCCCUGUCCCAAGGAGGAGGACCCAUACUUGUACGGCAGGUCUCCUUAUCCUCGGUGUCUCCUCUCAACACACUCAUAAGGGAGGCAGGUUAGUGAAUGCUGGGCAGGGCUGGUGAAGCAGCUCUGCCCUUUCCCUGGGCAGUCCUAGGCCUCCAUCACUAGUGCUCAUGGUGUAGGAAGGCCAUUUUAAAGAGGUGUUGCAUGUGUGAUGCUUGAAUGACCACCACCACCCCACCUCAUUGAGCAGGAGCUGUCUGCAGUGAUACCCAACCCUGAGCAGAUCCAUGUGUUCAAGGGCUGUUGUCCCAGGUCUGCCUGUUGUCUCAUUGAGAUUGAUCACAGGGAACUCGGGCCCUUCUGGACAGAGCUUCAGACUCUGGCUAUGGUCUCUAGAUGGGAGGGACUUCUCUUCCUGGACCACUUGUCUGCCUUGAUAGUGAUGGCGAUAUUGAACCCAGGUGCAUGGGCAGGAUGUGGUGCAGGACAGGGGACGUGAAAAGCCACCUAGCACUAGGCCCUGAACCGCCCAGCUCCCCAUGAGGGCAGCGUCCAGAGCUCCCAGGAAGCUUGGGGUUUCCCAAACAUGAGACCAUGCCGUCCAUUGUCAGAGCACACUAUAGCCUGCUAAGGUCUGUAUCUAAGACAGGCUUGUGAUCCUUGUCACACCAGACACCAUGUGAAGGAAGGAGGACAACACUGAAAGGUUCAAAGUGGCCCCUGCCCUUGACAAUGCCGAAACUGUGGAAUGAGUCUCUAGAAAGCAGGAUGCGCUCGCCAGCCUGAUACAUACAGCUUACUUCUCAGAUCAUAUUUACUUCUCGGUGCCUGGAAAUUGGUGCCUAGGGUUCUCAUUAAUCAUGGUUGCUGUGUAUUUGCUACUAUCUGCUGGCUGGUUUAGAUCAAGACUUGGCAACCUUUGAAAGUCAUAUUUCUUGGUUCCCCAGUAGCCUUUGGGUUGGGCUGAGGAUUUGAGGGUUUGGGCGGAGGUCAUAAUCACACGCUGACACUCAGCUCUUGGAGGGGAAGGAAAAGGACACUUCUCACAGCCAGAGCCACCAACCACAUGUGCAGCAGAGAUGCCGGGCUUGAUGAUAAACAAACCGUGGCGGUAGUGGUCCCUUCAGCAGGAAUUGUGGCGCCUUUUUCAACGGCUCUCUGCCUAAACUCCUGGCUCAUAGUAAGUACUUAUAUAGUAAAUACUUGCAGGACGACUGGAGUUGAGGUUUGGACAUUGAAUUGACUUCCUGUGAGUAGAAUUAUAAAGAACCGUUGGACUAAAAUGUUCCCAUAAUCCCUGUGCAGUGGAGUGUUGGUCUUCUAUCUACCAGCCAGUGAACAAAUGGCAGAGAGGAAUUUUUUGCUGUACUUACCAGGCUGUGAGCAAUGAGGAUCUAAAUCUCAACUUUAUAAUUAACUUUCGUCCUGUAGAAUGAAACCUUCGAAAUUUCUUCAGGUCCCUGCUUCCCUGUCUGUCCUCAACCCACAAGUCCCGUUUCUGCCCUGGUAACCUCCUCAGCCCUUCCCGACAGCCUCACUUCCUAGGGUCCUUGGCUGUCUAAUGGACAUGCCACUGGAUUUUCCCCUGCAAGCUCCAUGUCAACAAGACGCCUUAUUUUGUACCCUCUCCCUGAAGUAUGGGACACUUCAGGAUCCUCUUGGGACAGGCUGGAUUUUGACAAAAGGUACAGGUGCAAUGCCAGGAAGAGGCAGAGCCUUUCAGAGACAGUUCUGGAAAGUUGGGCCCUCCACAAGCAGAGGUUUGACUUAAACUUUACACCCUCUACAAAAUUAGCCCAAAGCAAAUCACACACUUAAAUAUAAAGCACAAAACUGGGGUGGGGGUGGGGGUGGGGGUUCAGGUUCUAGGAGUUCGCAGAGAGAUCUGAGCUUGACAACAAAAGGUCAGUCCAUAAAAGGACAAAUUGGUAAAUUAGGCCUUUUCAAAAUAAAAAUAUUUUGCUCUUUAAAAGACAUUGUAAAGAAGAUGAAAAGACAAGCUACAGACUAGAGAAAAUAUUUGUAAACCACAUGUCCAACAAAGAAGUAAACAUCUCGGACAGACAAAGAACUCUCAGAAGUCAGCAGUGAAAUCCCAGCAGUCCAGCCAGAAAGAACGAGGGCAUGGCCAGACUCCCCACUGAGCAGGGAUCACAGGCAGCACGUGGGAGAUGCAGAACACUUAGCCCUCAGCACCGCGCAGAGAGAAUGCAACGGCACACGCAACACACCUUUCAAAAAGUCUAACGUUCGGAAAGAGUGACAGCAGGAGCUGGGAGAUGGCUCAGGAGGUAAAAGUGUGAAGACUGGAGGUGGAUGCCAGCGUCUGUGUAAACCCAGAACCAGAGAAGCAGAGACCGCAAGCUCCCUGGAGCUCUCUGGCCAGCUGGCCUAGCCGGAUCCAUGAGCCUCGGCUUCAGUGAACGCCCCUGUCUCAGAGCAUAGGUGGAGCUCAAAUAAGGAUGCCUAACCUCUGGCAUCCUGCAUGUGCAUGUACAGACAGACAGACAGACAGACAGACGGGAGGAGCUGGAGCUAGGUCCACAGUUAAGAGCACUUGCUGCUUUUCCAGCGAACCUGAGUUUGAUUCCUGGUUCACAGACACCUGCAACUCCAGCUGCUGGGGGCCCUGCACCCCUCUUCUGGCCCCUGGGCACCAGCACACACAUGGCAUACACACACAACACUAUAUAUACACAUAUGAUAUAUAUAUAAUAUAUAUGUAAUAUUAUAUUUUAUAUAUAUUUAAAUAUUUU